UGGUAGAUAAUACAUCACAUACACACGUUCAUAUCUCGUGUGCACUUUCUGUUGAGGCGCAUAAUGCAAAUGUAUUGCAAUUAACCUGCCCCUAAUUCUUGAAAAAUUGAGUUGUAAUCAUGGUAGGAGCAUAUUCGCGGUGUGUAUGUAGGUCAUCAGCUGACCGAGGGGCGGAUACAUUCAUUGUGCGCCUUUAACGCGCGCUUUUUACGCACAGACAAGCACAUAGCAUCUUUUUGUGAACCAGGCUAGAUGCUAAAGUAGCCUCAGCCUUGGCCUCAGACUACAGUUCUACAAGAGAAACGCGUUAUCGCUGCAGUUAACCAGUUUAAACCGGCGGUCUACACGUCCAAAGGGGAAGUACCUUUGGCCUGCAACAGCGUACUGUUCAGCAACAGACUUUGCUAUGGGCAAAAAGUCUCGCGAAGAGGAGUCCUCAUCCUCUGAUGAGGAAGAAUAUGUUGUGGAGAAGGUGCUGGACAGGAGGGUGGUGAAAGGCAGGGUUGAGUUCUUCCUGAAGUGGAAAGGAUACUCAGAUAAGCACAACACGUGGGAGCCAGAAAAGAAUUUGGAUUGCCCUGAGCUUAUUGCUGAAUUCAUGAAGACCUACAAGAAAAGCAGUGGUGGAAGCUCCACACCCAGCAGCGGGGGUAGCAAAUCAAGCACAGGCUCCUCAGGACGAUCCAAAGACUCGAGUAGCUCGAAGAAGAGAAGCUCGGAUGAUGACGAGGAAGGUGGAAGUAAACCCAAAAAGAAAAAGGAGGAUGAUAUUCUAGUUGCUCGAGGCUUUGAGAGAGGACUUGAGCCAGAGAAGAUCAUUGGAGCAACCGACUCGUGUGGUGACCUAAUGUUUCUUAUGAAGUGGAAAGACUCUGAUGAGGCGGAUCUCGUGCUUGCCAAGGAGGCCAAUCAUAAGUGCCCACAAAUUGUCAUAGCCUUCUAUGAGGAACGUCUCACUUGGCAUGAAGACAGUGACAAGAAGGAGAAGGAUGCUGUCAGUGCGUGAGUGAAUCACCUCAGGAGGAAACAGGACCUCCUCCACUGCAGGGACAACCUUGAUUCAGACAUUUUUCACACCAAACCUCCCAUCCUUCCUCUUUACCAUGUCCAACAAUGACACAAAGACAGCGGACACAGUCGUGUUAUCUCCAUCCAUGCCCCAUUGGAGCACAAGGGCCCAGACUGCGGAGAGGGAUCCAUCAGAAAGGAGGAGAAGCUGUAGCGGACAUGGGUGAAAUGCUACUGGGGAGGGGUUCUGCUGUUCUGUCUUUGUAUUCUUUUGCCGUCUUUUUUUAUGUCUUAACACAUCAUGUUUUAGUGCUUACAGGAUACAAUUAAGUCAGUAAGAUAGUUUGCAUCCACAUACGCAGGUGGCCAUCUGUUAAAACUCAGAACAUAGUCUCGAGAGCCAGAGAUGGUACAAGCUCUGUUAACCAUGACCUUGUCCCAAGGUGGGUGCACAACCCCACAUCCUAAUGUAAGCAGUGCACCUCUGUUCUUUAAGAACCCAAUGAUAAGAAAGUAGUAUUGAUAUUCAGGAAGCAACCACAGCAGCACUUUCCUGACUGCAUGAUCACUUCCCAUUUUUAGAAUUUUUUUAUCUCUUGUAGAUUUUUCAGUUUGUCCUGUCUACUGGGAUAUAACUAAUCAAUUUGCGAGACUUGCAGAGGACACCGGCCAAUUAUGUCUUUUUAAUGUAGUGAUGUUUUUUUUUUUUUUUUUUUUUUUUUUAAAUGUCUUUAUGCUAUCACCAGUUGAAGAAAAGGACAAUAAAAAAACAUUUUACUGAGUUUUUGUUGUUUUUUUGUUUUUUGUUUUUAGCAGCAGUGUUAUCUUAAGACCAGUUUCAUUUUCACAGGUUAGACAAUCUUCUCUGUUUCCAGAUGAAAUGAAACCAGCAUUCACACCAGCCAUUGGGGUCUGCCACCUUGUGGCUAAAAGAUGAACCUCUUUUGGACUGACCAAUCUGUAUGAUGACAACCCUGCAGUUCACAGACACAUUUAUGGGUUUUUUUUUUUUUGUUUGUUUUGGUUUUUUUUUUUUUUUAAACAAUUUAAAAUGGUUAAAUCCACUCAGCAAUUGGGAGUAUUCUUGAUAUUAUUGUCAUGAUAAUUUGAAACAUUAAACCAGUUUCUGAUCAGGUUAUGUAUGUCCCGGGUUUUAUUGUGAUGAGUAAUUUGAUUGUUCAUGGCUGUAAGUAUUACAUUUUUUUUCUGGGAGAAUGUUGCUACCUGUCAAGCGGAGGUCAGUUAAUACACACAAGAUGGAUGCCGAUUUUGUAGUUUGAUCUGCUGUGCUCCAACAUGGACUCUUAGGACCAAAUGUUUAGUGUCUACAGAGAUUUGCUGUGGUGUUUUGUUUGUUUGUUUUCUGUUUGUUUUGUUUUUUCCCCCUUAAUUUUUUUUCUUUUGUUUUGUUUGUUUUUUUGGAUUUAUUCGGCAUUGUGAAUGAAGGCUGUGACCUUCUCCACUUUACAUACAGUACAUUAAUCACAUCCCUCUAACACUUAAUCCUGAUUUUUGGUGUCAUUUUCUUUCAUUAAAAAUAUUUUGUCGUUUCAGACCCUUGAGUUUUGUCUUUCGCUGGGGCAGAAUUUUUAAAAAGUAGACUAUUUCUUGUGUGAAUUAAAUGUUACAAAUGUGUACAGUAGCACCCUUUAAUAAACAUUUUCAAUGUUAAAGUUGAUGUCAAUUGGCUGUUAUUUUAGGAUUUGACUGGAAUUUUUGCAAAGUGAAUAAAUCACUUGAAUUUAAAA